GCAUUUAAUUUCCGCCGCCUUUAUCUAAACCAAUUCCUCUCUCUCUCUCUCACUCAGAGUCUCUCUUCGAUCGCUCCAGCUCGGAGAACAUCAUCGUUCGAUCGCCACGAGACAGUUUUUAAAAGAGCAUGGCUGACGAGGAUAUUCAACCCCUUGUCUGUGACAAUGGAACUGGGAUGGUGAAGGCUGGUUUUGCUGGAGAUGAUGCUCCAAGGGCUGUUUUCCCAAGUAUAGUUGGUCGGCCUCGUCACACUGGUGUCAUGGUUGGAAUGGGACAAAAAGAUGCAUAUGUUGGCGAUGAGGCUCAAUCCAAGAGGGGUAUCUUGACUUUGAAAUACCCAAUUGAGCAUGGAAUUGUCAGCAAUUGGGAUGAUAUGGAGAAGAUUUGGCACCAUACUUUCUACAAUGAACUCCGUGUUGCCCCAGAAGAACAUCCGGUCCUACUCACUGAGGCCCCUCUUAAUCCUAAGGCCAACAGAGAGAAGAUGACUCAGAUCAUGUUUGAAACCUUCAAUGUCCCUGCAAUGUAUGUUGCCAUUCAGGCUGUCCUCUCUCUCUAUGCAAGUGGCCGUACCACAGGUAUCGUCCUGGAUUCUGGUGAUGGGGUCAGCCACACAGUCCCAAUAUAUGAGGGUUAUGCCCUUCCUCAUGCUAUCCUAAGGCUUGAUCUCGCUGGUAGAGAUCUGACUGAUGCCCUUAUGAAGAUUCUCACUGAGCGGGGUUACUCAUUCACCACCACAGCUGAGCGGGAAAUUGUAAGGGAUAUCAAGGAGAAGCUUGCUUAUGUGGCUCUCGACUUUGAGCAGGAGCUUGAGACGGCAAAGACCAGCUCUGCUGUUGAGAAGAGUUAUGAGCUGCCGGAUGGACAGGUGAUAACCAUUGGGGCGGAGCGCUUUAGAUGCCCAGAGGUUCUUUUCCAGCCAUCGCUCAUUGGUAUGGAAGCUGCUGGUAUCCACGAGACGACCUACAAUUCAAUUAUGAAGUGUGAUGUGGAUAUCAGGAAGGAUCUGUAUGGCAACAUAGUUCUCAGUGGUGGAUCCACAAUGUUCCCGGGCAUUGCUGACCGCAUGAGCAAGGAAAUCACAGCACUUGCUCCAAGCAGCAUGAAGAUCAAGGUGGUGGCACCUCCCGAAAGGAAAUACAGUGUCUGGAUUGGUGGCUCUAUCUUGGCUUCCCUGAGCACAUUCCAGCAGAUGUGGAUAUCCAAGGCAGAAUAUGAUGAAUCUGGGCCAUCCAUUGUCCACAGGAAGUGUUUCUAAGUUUCAGGGGCAUCUUGUUUUUGUUUCUUAUAUACACCUCUAGUAGAUUGUCCAGUUGAGAACGAUCAAGGUUGCUUGCUAUAUUAUGUAUGAUUUUUGUGUUUUCGCUACCAUUUUGAUUGCUAUGCCUUUCUUUUAUUUUCAUGGAAGAGACAUAAUUAUGUAGAAGGGACUGGUUAUGUUUUUUGUGUAGACCAUGCUGGGGAAUUUGAUGUUUCCCAUGUCCUGUUGAGGCUACCCCAUCUGAGGGCUUAGUCUGAUUGUUAUUAUUCUUAUUUUCCGUUGAAGCUUUGAUGUCAUUUUGUGCAUUUGCCUUUUCUGGCCA